AUGGCAAAAUUAAGCACUCUUCGGCUGGCGAGCCUUCUCUCCCUUGCCAGUGUGCAAGUAUCUGCCGCUGUGCAUCUCUUGGAAAGUCUUGAGAAACUGCCUCAUGGAUGGAAAGCAGCUGAAACCCCAAGCCCCUCGUCCCAAAUCGUUCUACAGGUCGCUCUGACGCAGCAGAACAUUGACCAACUUGAAUCGAGGCUUGCAGCUGUCUCAACGCCCAAUUCCAGCACAUAUGGCAAAUACCUAGAUGCUGAUGAAAUAAACAACAUCUUCGCUCCAAGCGAUGCCAGCAGUGCUGCCGUGGAGUCUUGGCUCCAGUCUCACGGCGUGACGAGCUACACCAAGCAGGAGAGCAGCAUUUGGUUUCAGACCAAUGUUUCCACUGCAAACACAAUGCUUAGCACCAACUUUCACACGUACAGUGAUCUCACUGGCGCGAAGAAGGUGCGCACUCUCCAGUACUCAAUCCCGGAGAGUCUCGUCGGCCAUGUCGAUCUCAUCUCACCCACGACCUAUUUCGGUACAUCCAAAGCCAUGAGAGACUUGAAAUCCAAAGGCGUCAGUCCAGCUACCAAAGCUCUCGCCGCCCGUCAAGAGCCGUCCAGCUGCCAAGGAACUUUGGUCUACGAGGGAGAAACGUUCAACGUCUUCCAGCCAGACUGUCUCAGAACGGAGUACAGCGUUGAUGGAUACACCCCGUCAGUCAAGUCUGGCAGCAGAAUCGGAUUUGGUUCUUUCUUGAACGAAAGCGCAAGUUUCGCAGACCAAGCUCUUUUUGAGAAGCACUUCAACAUUCCCAGUCAAAACUUUUCCGUUGUUCUCAUCAAUGGUGGAACGGAUCUCCCUCAACCGCCUUCCGAUGCCAACGAUGGCGAGGCCAAUCUAGACGCCCAGACCAUUCUGACAAUUGCACAUCCUCUCCCCAUUACCGAAUUUAUCACCGCUGGCAGUCCGCCAUACUUCCCCGAUCCCGUUGAGCCUGCCGGAACACCCAACGAGAACGAGCCUUACCUGCAGUAUUACGAGUUUCUCCUAUCCAAGUCUAACGCUGAAAUCCCCCAAGUCAUCUCAAACUCCUACGGCGACGAGGAACAGACUGUGCCGCGAUCAUAUGCUGUUCGAGUGUGCAACCUGAUAGGACUCCUGGGACUUCGUGGUAUUUCCGUCCUUCAUUCCUCGGGCGAUGAGGGCGUGGGCGCUUCUUGUGUCGCUACCAACAGCACCACGCCUCAGUUUAACCCCAUCUUCCCUGCUACUUGUCCCUAUGUCACUAGUGUUGGAGGAACAGUGAGCUUCAAUCCUGAAGUUGCCUGGGACGGUUCGUCUGGAGGCUUCAGCUAUUACUUCUCCAGACCGUGGUACCAGCAGGAAGCUGUGGGAACUUACCUCCAGAAGUAUGUCAGUGCCGAAACAAAGAAGUACUAUGGACCCUAUGUCGAUUUCUCCGGACGAGGCUUCCCCGAUGUUGCAGCCCACAGCGUCAGCCCCGACUAUCCUGUGUUCCAAGGCGGCGAACUCACCCCAAGUGGAGGCACUUCUGCGGCCUCUCCUGCCGUGGCAGCUAUCGUUGCGCUGUUGAACGAUGCACGCCUUCGCGAAGGAAAACCCACGCUUGGAUUUUUGAACCCGCUGAUUUACCUCCAUGCUUCCAAAGGUUUCACCGACAUCACGUCGGGCCAAUCUGAAGGGUGCAACGGCAAUAAUACGCAAACAGGCAGCUCUCUUCCAGGAGCUGGCUUUAUUGCAGGGGCACACUGGAAUGCGACCGAGGGCUGGGAUCCUACCACUGGAUUCGGUGUUCCCAACUUCAAGAAGCUACUCGAACUCGUCCGAUUCUAA